AUGCCUACGGCAUGGCUUGGUUUAUGGUAUCAACGUGGAAUGAACUCAUUAUUAGAGAUAACAGAUGAUCAGAUUCAGAGUAAAGGAUUCUGUUUAGAUGUAUUAUCUGCACAACAGUAUUAUCUAUUUAAUGAUCGUAUAAAUCUUUGUACUCGAUGUUUAUUAUUUAUUCCACGACAUAUUAAUUUACUUCAAUAUCGCGAAAGUGAAUGUAUUGAUGUAGAUGAACAAUUGAAUAUUACCGCAUGCCCAAAUAUGAUUGCGCUUGAUGCUGCAUUAUAUACCCUUCAUCGAAAUGAUUCGAAAUCCCAAUCAUGUCCUAUUCAACCACCAUUUCAAUUAACAAACCUAAUAAAACAUGGUUCAGUUUGUCAUCAAUCAAUUUCAUCAUCGUAUAUGAAUGAAUGUGUAGAUCAUGAUCAAUUUCAUUUACAUUUUACUCCAUGUUUAUCAUAUCAACCAGUUCUAGAUUUUCAAUUUACUUGUGUAGGAACAUGGAUCGAAGAUUUUGAUACGUAUUUCGUUACUCGUAUUCUUUCACAUAAUCAUCAAAAUAAUCAAUAUGCAUGUUUUCGAUUUUCAACGAAAGAAAAAUCUUCGUCAUCCUUAUCACUUUAUAUGGCUACGGAUGAUUCAUGUCAUGAUAUAUAUUCCAAACAUAUGUCAACUGUUAUACAUCUUUCAACAAAAAAUCAUCCGAUGAAUCAUGAUUGUAUAUUUCCUAAAGAAUUUCAAUCCUAUGAAUGGUAUUCAAUCAAUCGAACAAUACGAAUGAUUAUUAAAAAUUAUGAUAUUGAAUUUAUUGGAAUAAAUAAACGUUUUCAUUGUCAAGAAGUUAUUCAUUCAGAAAAAUCAAUAAGUAUUUAUCGAAUACGAACAUUAACAAAUUGUCAUAUGAAAGAAGAAUGUCUUCGAAUAAUUCAACGAACGGAUAAUGUUAUUGAACUUUAUACUAAAUCAUUAUCAAAUGGAAACAAUUGUAGCUAUUUUAAUAAUGAAAAUUAUAGUUUAUAUGAAACAUUUUUUACCAAAUCAUUUGCAAUUUCUAAUUCAUGUCCGACUCAUAUUGGUUAUUUGAUAUAUCAAUCAAAUACAGAUUAUUAUUUAAAGAGAAAAUCAUUUCUUAUGUCUGUUGGUUGUGAUAAUAAAGAAAAAUUAAUAAUUUCACAGAAACAAAAAGAUCUUGAACAUCGAUCAGUAAUGCAGAGCGAUAUAUGUCUGGCAUCAUGGCAAUCGAAAGAUCAUUCAACAACAUAUCUUAUUGCUCAAUCAAAAUUUUCUAAUGCAUCUUAUUGUCUUAGUUUUACAAUAACUAAUCAAGUUUUAAUUUGUAAUAAUAGUAAUGGUUGUUCGUUUAAUAAUCAUGCAGAUGAUAAAACAAUUUCUAUUUAUUCAGCUCGUCUAAUAAAUCCCUGUUCACAAUCACAACAAUUAUCAUUAAAUUAUCUUCUCCUGUUUACAACAAUCUUUUUUUCAAUGAAUAAUAUUCGAUAA